AGGACGCGCGGGAGUGGGUGGAUCCUUUAGAAACUCGACCCGCCCUUGGCAGCGGCUAAGACGGAGCGUGCAGCUCGCGGACUAGUCCUGGCAACGGCACCAGAGGAGGAUGGGGACCGCAACCACGGCUUCACGCGGGGCCACCGUGAAGGCCAGGGCGAGGCAGAGACUCAGCGUGUGACUGGGAGGAUGGACGACAGGACGGGAGGCAGCUAACAGGGUUCUCUCUCCGCUCCCGGUCCUCGGACGCUCACAUCGCAGGUCCCGAGUGGGCUCCGACGACAGAACUGCAGCGCGGAACUAAUCUUGGGCCAUGAGGAGAGUGCCAGCGGCCCAACCCGGGGCCGCUGUCGAGACUGGCCGCAUUCUCCCACGCUGAGGGCGUGAGCUGAGAGGGGCGCAGGCAACCAGGUUGUGCUUGAGCUCACCAACAUGGUGAGGGAGGAGUGCAAGGCGCUUCUGGACGCGCUCAACAAGGCGACCGCGUGCUAUCACCACCUGGUGCUGACCAUCGGCGGCUCGGCGGACUCGCAGAACCUGCGGGAGGAGCUGCAGAAGACGCGCCAGAAGGCACAGGAGCUGGCGGUGGCUACCGGCUCCCUCCUGACCACCGCGCUGCGAGACCAGCGCCUGGGCGCGGAGGAGCGCGCCGAAUUCCAGCGCCUCUGGGUAACCUUCUCCGGCUGCCUGGAACUGCUGGAAGCCGACAUGCGGCGGGCACUGGCGUUGGGCACCGCGUUUCCACUGCACGCCCCACGGCGGCCGCUCGUGCGCACUGGUGUGGCGGGUCACUCGUCUGGUGUAGCGGCGCGCGCUCUGAGCAUCCGCAGCCUGCGGCAUGAGGCGGAGCGGGACUUCGACAAGGAAGAUCUGCACAAGCUAGAGCGGGAGAUCCUUCAGGUGGGCAAGAUGAUUCACGACUUGGAGAUGAAGGUCAACGUGCCCCGCUGGACAGUGCAAGCCCGGCAGGCGGCGGGUGCCGAGCUUCUGUCCAGUGCUGGCGCCUCCACGGCCGGCUUUGCGUCCGUAGAAGAGCGCACAGGGCCGUGCGACCCGAGCAAGGCCCUGGCUGCUACAGUUUUCAGCGCCGUGCUGCUGGUGGCUGUAGCCCUGGCGGUGUGCGUGGCGAAGCUGAGCUGACCGACACCUGACGGCCCCCGCCUCCACCACUGCUCCUUCCCCAGAGACACCCCUUUCCCGGAAUGAUCUCUACCUCCAGGACUCAGGAUGGGAGUGGAAUCUGGAGUGGUUAAGAGGAGCGGUUCUAAAAUUCUGUGUAUGUAGGUGUACACGCAUGUUUCAAGCACACAUUUGCCAUCAGAACGUAGUUCCCUCUGACUGGGCGGGGAGGAGUUAAUUUUUUGCGGGCUGGCAGGGCAUUACCGCUAACGUCCGCUGGAGCUUUAUCGCUUUAUCCACUAUUAAUAGAAAACCGUCCACAGUGACCUUAGAUUCCUCUGAGUUAAUGGGUUACCGCCUGAGCUGCUGAGGCGUGUUUAUACUGAGUCCCAGUUUGGUGCCACCAUCCCUGCUGACGACUCCUACUCUGUGCAUGGGGCAGUUUGAAAAAGGGGUUGAUCAAAUGAGGUGUGGGACAGUUUUGUGGGAGCGGGGGGGGGGAUUCUUCUGAAUGAGAAGCAGAUUGCAACAAGAUAUAAGCAGGGGUUUUGUUUGUUUGUUUGUUUUACCUUAAUCCUUUGGGGCCUAAAUUUAGAAGAGUGCAAACAGUUCAUGCAAAGUGCUUUCUCGAUGGUUCAUAUUAGUCACAAAAAUCAGAAGAGGUUUGGGGUGGUGCGCUCCCGCGCAGGGUCUGAUUCUGCUUAGGAAACUAGAGAGGAGCCAUAGAACCUGCCUUCAAGGGAUUGGAGCCACUGCACACACUGCUUAUUUAAAAGGGCUCUCCGCCAGCCUGGGAGCGGUUCAAGCUUUGGGAGGGGCUGCAUGCUUUAUAGGCAGGGACUUUCUCCUUCGCUGUGGCUUAUUUUUUGUUCCAGAACUAGACCAAGAGUUUUUGAUCCUUCUUUUGGGGGAGGGCUAGGGAAUCCUCUUCGGAGCUCUUAAUCUUAUCUAUCCCUCGGAAUUUGCUUAGCAGCCGGUAGGAAGGCUAGUUUUGGAAGGAGCCUCACAGCACUCUGCCCCAACACUGCCCCCUGAUGGGGUAUAGUGGCAUCAAUGUCACACAGAGGUUUUGAGCCAAUUAGCCAAGUCCGGGUUAGACUGUUAACACCUUUAACGUGGAAUGUAAGAACCAUUUUAAAAAUAACAAUCAUUUUAAAGAAAAAUCACAUAACCACAUUGUGUACUAUUAAAGCUGGUUUUUUUCCCUAAAGGAUAUUUGGUCACGAAUAUAUGUGCCAAUGAGUCAAACAUAGCAGUCUUAAAUACUUUGGUUACUAAAUAUACAUCUGCAUCUAUUUUUAAAAUUGAUCUUGAAGGCAGAAGGUCAUAGCAAAAGCUACCAAAACCAUAAGAGUAGAUGACAGAAGUGGUCAUUGCUUUAAAUUAAAAAAAAAUUAUUGAUUGAUUUUAGAGAGGGGAAGCAAGAGAGAAACAUCAAUUUGUUGUUCUGCUUAUUUAUGCAUUCAUUGGUUGCUUCUUGUAUGUGCCCUGACAGGAGAUCAAACCCCCCAACCUUGGCAUACUGAAACAGUGCUCUGAUCAACCAAGCUACCAGGCCAGGGUGGCCCUUGCUUCUUUUGUCCAUAAAUAAGGAAAUGUAGAAAACACCCUGACUCUCAGGCUGGAAUUUGCCUGAGCAGGGCAGCCACCUCUGACCUGUUUGCAGAGAGCAUCUGUUGAGAAAAAAGAUGCAUUUAACUCCCUAAAGGCAAUAAUUUGGAAUAAAACUCAGAGGCUCUGGUUUGGCUGAAAACUGACAAGAAUUUUGUUUUCAUUUUUACCUCAGAAAUGAGAAAAGUUGCCAGGAGGAGUGAAUUUGCAGUUUUUUACAAGGGCAACUUGGAUGGGCAAAGGGCAGAAGCAAAUAGCAGCAGGAGUGCUGGCCAGGGGCUCAGUGCGGACCCGAAGGUGUACUUCCAGCCCCACCCCUCUCCACCCACUCCCACUCCACCUCAGCACACAGGUUUCAGGGACUUAGAAUGUGAGAUGUUUGCAUGUGUCUGUGAUAAUGGUUUUAAAACACUCACAAGGUCUUAGGCUGAUUACAUGUUUUACGAUAAUUAAAAAGAACUCCUGCCUCAUCCAAUCUGGGUGAAUCUGAUAGCAGCCAACAUUAAAUUCUUUUGCACUUGAUGGCCAGGGUACCUUCAGAGAUGGCACAGAAAAUUUUUCAACUCCCCUAUGCCUCUUCUGGUAUACAUAUAACAUGCCAUGGAACCUUUGUCACCUCCCCAAAGUCUUGUCUCAGGGAAGAGGAAGCUGGGGCAUUUUUUUUUUUUUGGAUCCAGUAUUGGUAAAUAUCCCUAAAAACCAAGCCCUGAAUAGAUUCUCCUUUUUCUAGCACUGUCGCUCUGUUCUUUUUAAUUAAAUUGAUUGAUUUUAGAGAAAGGGGGUAAAGGAGAGAUAAAAACACCAAUGUGUUAUUCCACUUAUUUAGGCAUUCAUUGGUAUGUGCCCUAACUGGGGAUGGGACCCCAAACCUUGGUGUUUUGGGAUGAUGGUCUAAACAACUGAGCGACCCGGCCAGGACCUCUGUUCUUAUUAUCAAGGUGUUUUGUACAUGAAAAAAAAAAAAACAUUGUUCAGGCUCCAGCUGGUUAGCUCAGUUAUUUAGAAUGUCCAGAUAUACCAAGGUUGUGGAUUUGAUCUCUAGUUGGGGCACAUAGAGGAGUCAACCAAUGAAUGCAUAAGUAAGUGGAACAACAAAUUCUCCCUCUGUCUGUCUGUCUCUCUCCCCUCUCUCUCUCCCACCCUCUCUCUCUCAAAUCAAUAAAUAAAUUUUAAAAAAGAAAAAAAAAUCAGCAGAACCUGCUAAAGAAACAGCCAAUCCACCAGAAGUUGUGUAUGUAAUCCACAGAGAGCAGUCAGGACAGUUUUCUUUGCUGUUGCUCCUUCCGCCCAUUUGGCAAACCCUUGGGCAUUUACUUAUACGUGCAGUCAGAUGUGCGCCUGAUUCCCAGAGUCUUCUGCUCUCUGACAUUAGUGGUAAGAUGCUACAAGAAGAGGCUGAAUUACAAUAAACACAUUUAUCCUGAAGAUGUGUUUUGCCAUCAAGGGGCACAUAAGAGAUCGUGGCCACUUAAUUUGGAGGUUCGGAUUCGCAGACAAUAAAAACCCCAAGUCAAAGGUGAAUAACUAAACACUUUAUUAAGCAAGAGCAAAGCAAAAGCAAGAAUCAAGAUCAUACAUCACCAGCCCUGGCUGGUGUAGCUCAGUGGACUGAGUGCGGGCCUGCGAACCACAUGAUCGCAGUUCGAUUCCCAGUCAGGGCACAUGCCUAGGUUGCAGGCCGGUUCCCUGCAGGCCAGUUCCCAGCAGGGGACACACAAAAGGCAACCAUACAUUGAUGUUUCUCUCCCUCUCUCUUUCCCUUCCCCUCUAAAGAUAAAUAAAUAAUAAUAAUAAUUUUAAAAAAAAAGAUCAUACAUCACCAGACAGGAAUUCACUAACACCUGGAUGUAGAUGCUGGGAAUCCCAGAGACAACAUUCGGAGUACGACUGGGAAAGUGCCGAGCAAAGCAUUCUUCUCAGGUGAGGUUCCAAAGUCUCUCUUUAGGGGCUAUGGUUAUAUAUGAUUUAGGCAAAAGUGGCUGUGUGCCAAGGACCUUGUGUGACCUGACCGAUCAAUAGGUCCCUCCAGGAGACAGGCCGAUUGUCCCUGGGAGAGAGCAUACCUAUACAAUAAAGAUCACAGGCUCAGGCAUAAACGGAGGAUUCUUAAUGUCCCCUUAACACGUCACCUGUUAGCCUAAACAACUCUGAGUUUAAAUUUUUUUUUUUAAUUUUGGGAAUAUGUUUAUUAAAUCUGGGGACAGUGAAACAAGGGAGGGCUUAGGAUAGAGGAAGCAACAGGAAAGCCUGGGUGGGCUGCCUGAGCUCACUGGGAAGUCAGGAAAUAGGCAGGGGCUGUACAGACAGGUUCAUAGGGUUAGCUGAGGACAAGCUGCUGCCACCCAUUGCUCCCCUGGGUGCAAGUCCCGUGGGGUUCCUUGGAGUUUAGGAGAUGCAUGCCUGAGAGGGAAGAAAGGCAUGGGCAUGCUCAAGGGAUGGAGAGCACACCUGAAAAAUUUAAACAUUAGUAAUAUUUGGCAUUAUCUGUAGUUAUAUAACAUUGUCUAAUAGAACUUUCGCUCUAUGAUGCAAGCAAAAUCAUUUUCUGUGUGAGCAACAGCCUGCUCUCUCUAGCUUUCUCCUUUCAUUUCUACACAUAAUUCAAAAAAUUGCUUUCUGGUAGAAGCCUGACUUAAUUUAGGUGUUUGAUAUCAGUUACUAAUUUUGUAAAAAAAAAAAUUGGUAUGAUCUUAUACCAUGAUACAAGUGAUAGAAAAAAAAGAAACAAAAGUUCAACAUGUUUAAUAUAGGGUAUAUAUGAAGAAGUCAAUGUUGAAAUCUAUGUCAGAGAACAUCCACUUCCCCAAAUGGAAGGUAUAAGUUAAAGGGUAGACCUUCACUUCCAAAGUCAAGUGCUAUUGUGAAGUAAAAUCUCUGGUGAAGUUAGGCACACAUAUAUAGAAAACACCCCUGGCUUCUCUUCUGGGGACAACAGUGCUGCUUUAUGUACCACUGGGAAGACAAGCUCUUGAAAUGUCAAAACUCUCAUCAUGGGAACUUUAAACCAUUGCUACUGGUUAAAAGAAAAUAUGUUUGUACGAGAAAAAAUGCCUACUUGCAAUUUUUUAUGUGCUAUAAGAGCUUAUGCUUUUAAAUGCUAUAAGGGAAAAUAUUUUUGGUAAAUAAAAGUAGAGCAUAAACUUCAUGAUUUACCUAAGGUUUACAGUAAGCUAUAUACGGGAUGUGUGAUGUUGAAUGACUAAAAAGUAGUUCUGCUUGAAGAGAGUUCUGGUUUGCAUGUGGACCCUGAUGAUGCUGUGUUUUCCUUUUCAAUGUGCACAUGGGUAUGUUUUUAGCUACUUGGUUGCUUUCCAGAAUGUAGUUCUCUGUUCUGAGUGCUUGUAAAGGUGCAAGCCUCAGAGUGUAAGUCUUUAUGUCAGAGACACAAAGUGCUGCAGGACUGGCCUCUGUCUUCUUUUAGUGCAGGCCUCCUCUGAGGCAUGACCAGCUGCAAUGGGCAGGGGCUUUGCUUCCCUUUCCAAGUACCUCGGACAAGUCACUGACCUCCCUGUGCCUCACUCGCCUCAUUUGUGAAACGGGGGUUCCUCACUAAUUCAAAGGUCCCUUCCAGAGCUUAAAACAUUUAACAGAAUGCAGUUAAACAAGAAAGCGUUAUUUUUUUUAUGUUGUUUAUUUUGGUGAAUACUAAAAUGGAAUCUUACAGUUUGUUGGUUAUUGUCUAAAACUGGUCUGUUGGUAAAACUCCAAGUGAAUUUUAAAAAUCUGAAUGAACUAAACUUACUGUGAUUUUAGUCUACAUCAGAAUUAGUGGAUGGACUUAAAUGCAAAUUUGUGUAAAUGCUACUUAUUUAUAGUACUUACAUUAGAUUAAGAAUUUAAAUUCAGACUCUACAUCUAAGUCCAAGAAAGCCUAAUAUUUAUUUAACAGCUUGUUGUACCCAGAAGGUGGACCACCUGAACUGAUUCUGGGAAAUUAUAGAUGUGAAAACCUGUCCUUAGUCAUGGAGGCUGGGAGAAUCCUGUUCUAUAAAGUCACCUGGUGCCCUCAGCACUGUGACCACAUUUGCUGUCUGCUGUCCAGAAAGAAGUGUGAGUGCAUGGCUGUCAUCAGAUUCAAAGUGGAAUAAAGAGCUUUGUGUCUACUGUUUAAAUGAUGCUUCUACCUAAAAUGUUUAUUAAUAAGCAAAAAAUUAAAGAUAACACAUAGCCUUUACAACUUUGUCGAAAAAGGCACCCUCAAAUGAUUCAGCUAUCAACUAUUGUGAUUUUUUAAAUUCUUUUUUAAAAAGAUCUUAUUUAUUUAUUUUUAGACAGAGGGGGAGGGAGGGAGAAAGAGAGAGAAAAACAUCAACGUGUGGUUGCCUCUCACAUGCCCCCUACUGGGGACCUGGACUACAACCCAUGCACAUGCCCUGAACUGGGAAUAGUACCAGCAACCCUUUGGUUUGCAGGCAGGCACUCAAUCCACUGACCUACACCAGCCAGGGCUUAAAAAAUAUUCAUUAUCGUACACAUUUGAAUUGAAGAGCAUGUCCUGACCAACGUAUUUACCCUUCACAGAUUUCAUUACAACAGAGGUGUUCAGAAAUACUUCAGGAUUAUAAAUCUCUGAGUGCUGUUCUACAAUAUGAUUAUAAUCACUUUCUUUUUCUGGCUGUGGUCAACACAGGUCAAAGUUAUAUUCAAAUAUUGUUUCUUUGGCUCUUGGGGACAGGCUAAAAGAGAGGGAACUGGCUACAUGCUGUGGCCCUGUCUCCAUAAGGACUAAAUGGAUUUCUGGAAAAGCAUUCCUUUUUUUCAUUUACUUACUUUAUAUCAUUCCACAGAGGAUUCUGAGUGUUUUCAUUGUAAUACUAGUAGAUUUCGGGUAUCUUUGUUCUUUGGUGUGUAAGUUUAGAGUUGUAUAAACUUAAGGCUUAUAUGAUAAAUGUAAAUACGCCAAAUGAGAACUCCUGUUGGCAAACUGAUUUUGAAAAGUCCUUUUAAUAUGCUGUUGCCAGAAAGCAAAGUUGAGUGUCCCUGCUUAUAUGUGUGAGGUUUGUAUAUAGAGGAAAUCUUCAAGGACUUAUACAGAAACAAAAAUUUUUGUUAAGGUGGUGGGAUUAUGAAAGGUGGGUGGUAUUUAUUCAAUAUUUUUAUUUAGUGUUGUUAUAUGGUUUUUACAAUAAAACACAAAU